AUGGAAAAAUCAAACAGAGAUAAAUUCCAUUCGAAAACAAAUAAUUUUAAGGAACAAAAGAUGGAAAAGCUGUCAUCUUUUGAACCAGAAAAACAAAAAAGAAGUAACCGUUCUCUACAUAAAAAAAAACCUGAUUUGGAACGUGAUAAACAAAAAGCCGAAUUCGAACGUUCGGAGAAAGAAUUGAAAAAACUUUUGGUACAAUUUGGAUCAAAAGCUCGAGUAUCUGACGAUAUAGAUCGGGACACUUCGAAAGUUCGCGAUAAUAUUUUUAAAUUAAUGGAAAAGACAAAGGCAAAAUCACUUAACGUCAACGCAAAGCCUCUUCAAUCAUUUUACCAAUCCUAUGAAAAGGUAUAUUGUAGAAUUAAUUGGAUUUGGUUCUUAAGCGUUAUUAUAUUGAUUGAAUUAUUAAUACUCGGGCUCAUCUUGAAAAUCAAAUACAGGAAUUAUCAUUAUUUAGAACCUUAUGAAGCGAUUGUACACGGCACAUUUGGUGUAGAACCGUCUUUUUGGAGUUAUAUAACGGUUAUUUGUGAUACAGUGGUCGAUUUUCUUGGUGAAUUUAGACAAGGUAGUCGUAGUUUCGGUAGUCCAAGUUAUGAUGGUUUGGUACCAAUAUGA